CCGAGGAGCCAGAGCCCAGGUUGGGUGUGAGGUACAGUACUCCAGGAGCUGCCCGUCAGUCAAGACAUCUCUCAAGAAUGGCAAAAGGAUCUCUAAAUCUGAUCCAAGAAAACGGCCAUCUGAGCAAGAGUACCCGUGACGACGCUGUCAGAGCUCUCAAAUUCAACAAUGGAGAUAAGAAGGCUUCCUCGGGGCUGGACAAUGGAGGCUUCGUUGGGGACUACCCCGCCAGUGAUCCCAGGAAAGAAGCCGCCAUGGACAAUGGCGGCUCGGGCGUGGACAACCUGGCCUUCACAGACGGCUACCUCGCCUCCGUCGGCGCCUCAGGGGUCCCCCAGGACGCGGUCCUUCAGAACCUGCCAGAGGAGGAGGAAGAGCGGGAACAGUGGGCUCACCCAAUAGAGUUCCUCCUGUCGUGCAUCGCCAUGUCUGUGGGGCUCGGCAAUGUGUGGCGCUUCCCUAUGACGGCCUACGAGAACGGUGGCGGCGCCUUCCUCAUCCCCUACCUCGUUAUCCUCACUUUUAUUGGCAGGCCGCUGUACUUCAUGGAGCUGGCGAUGGGGCAGUUCUCAUCGUACGGCAGUGUCAAGGUGUGGAAGAUGGUCCCGGCGGUGAAAGGUGUGGGGUUCGGCCAGAUGAUCGCCACCUGGUCUGUGGUGACCUACUACUGCUCCAUCAUGGGCCUCACCGUGUUCUACUUCGUCAUGUCCUUCAACAAGGUGCUCCCCUGGUCCGUCUGCGACUACGACCACUGGGCCGACGAGAACUGCGUCGACGCCGCCAGCAACGCCUCCUACAAUAACCUCUCUCAAUCCUCGUCGGAACAGUACUUCUAUAACUAUGUGCUGCACGUAGCAGACAACAUCGAUAAUGGUCUGGGUGUCCCUGAUUGGCGGUUGACUCUGUGUCUGCUCUUCUCCUGGGUGGUGCUCUUCUUCACGCUGGCCAAGGGCGUCCAGUCAUCAGGCAAGGUGGCAUACUUCACAGCCUUGUUUCCCUACGUGGUGUUGUUCACCUUGCUGGGUCGGGGAGCCUCGUUGCCUGGGGCCGUCAACGGUAUCCUCUACUUCAUCGUGCCUCAGUGGGAGAAACUUCUUGACCCCAACGUAUGGUACGCCGCCGUCACACAGUCAUUCUUCAGCCUCUCCGUCGGCUUCGGCGCCAUCAUCAACUUUGCUUCUUUCAAUAAAUUUAACCACAAUGUGUACAGGGAUGCGUGGAUUAUUAGCCUGGUCGACACCUUGACGUCCCUGUUGGCGGGCUUUACCAUCUUCUCCAUCCUGGGCAACCUGGCGUACCAGCUCGACACAGACGUCAAGAACGUGGUGCGGGGCGGCUCUGGCCUCGCCUUUAUCUCCUACCCGGAUGCCCUGGCCAAAUUCACCUGGGCUCCGCAGCUGUUUGCGGUGCUGUUCUUCCUGAUGCUGUUCACGUUGGGUGUGGGGUCAGCAGCUGGUCUCACUGGCAACAUCAUCACCAUCAUCUGUGAACAGUUCCCGGCUAUUCCUAAAUUCUAUGUCACAGUCAUCAUCUGCAUCAGUGGUUUCCUCAUCGGACUUGUUUAUGUCACACCUGGCGGCCAAUGGAUACUAGACUUGGUGGAUUUCUUCGGUGGUGGAUUUAUCAUCUACAUCCUGGUCAUCGUGGAAACCAUAGCUGUCAACCACAUAUAUGGUUACUCAAAUUUCAUGCGAGACCUGAAGUUCAUGAUGAAUAUAAAUCUUGGGAUCUAUUGGAAGUUUUGCUGGGUAUUCUUCAUCCCAGUCAGCCUGUCUGCCAUCCUCGUCUACAGUCUCGUGGACUUCAAGCUUCCUACAUUUGAUAAUAAAGACUAUCCAGUUAUAGCCUAUGCAUGUGGAUGGAUCUUGGCUGCAGUAGCCCUUGGUAUGGUGCCCCUAUGCUUCAUCCAUGCACUAUACAUCAACGACAAAUCUGCUUUCAGUGAGAAACUGAAGGCUGUAUUCAAAGCUAAAGACACAUGGGGACCUAAGAGAAGAGACAACAGAGAUAAGUGGGAUGCAUUAAUAAAGAACAAAGGAAAGGCACCAGACAUUCCUCAGAAAGAAUAAUCGUUAGUCAGUUAAGACAUCCUAAGGUGUCAUAGGACAUCUGUGUCAAAUAUUAGUGCUCAUGUGUGGCACCUGUGUAAGGGAGCCAAUGCUCUUGUAUGACACCUGUGUCAGGAAGCCAAUGCUCUUGUAUGACACCUGUGUCAGGAAGCCAGUGCUCUUGUGUGAUACCUGUGUCAGGAAGCCAGUGCUCUUGUGUGAUACCUGUGUCAGGGAGCCAGUGCUCUUGUGUGACACCUGUGUCAGGGAGCCAAUGCUCUUGUAUGACACCUGUGUCAGGAAGCCAGUGCUCUUGUGUGACACCUGUGUCAGGGAGCCAGUGCUCUUGUGUGAUACCUGUGUUAGGAAGCCAAUGCUCUUGUGUGAUACCUGUGUCAGGGAGCCAGUGCUCUUGUGUGACACCUGUGUCAGGGAGCCAGUGCUCUUGUGUGACACCUGUGUCAGGGAGCCAGUGCUCCUGUGUCAGGGAGCCAGUGUUCAUGUGUGACACCUGUGUCAGGGAGCCAAUGCUCAUGUGUGACACCUGUGUCAGGGAGCCAGUGCUCAUGUGUGACACCUGUGUCUAAGAACCAGAGCAUUUGUGAAAUACAACUUCAACAAAAUAUUUUUUUCUGUCAGAAAGACUAUACAUUUUCAAACUGUGGAACUUGGUCACCUGAUGGCACUCCUAGCAAUGGGACCCCACACCCACCACCAAUCUACAUGUGAAGGGAUACCAUGCAUUCUUCUAGAGGUAUCUUAUAUACGCAAUUCUGCUGGCAAAAGGGUACCAUGCACUUCUUCACUCAUCUAGCAGAGAUCCCAUGCACUCUCUUGGAGGAGGUAUCCUGUGCCUGCUACUAUGCUGCUGACAAAGGGAUGCCACGCACUCCUCCAACUGUGGCACAGAGGUCCCACACUUGCCUCCACUCUCCAUUUGGGCCAAAUAAUUUCAUAUCAUGUAAAUCACAUUUAAUUCUGGAAUAAUUUUCUUGUCUAGUGUUAAAUAGAUUCUCCACUCGAACAUUUUUCAUACAUGCUCUAGGUAGCUUGUAUGCAAAAAGCAUACAAGUUACCAGGUCAUUUAACUAGCGGCUCAACUGUUUACAUUUACAUUCCUCCACAUACCUAAUUUUAAUUAUUUUAAGAAACCACUGCAAUAUUAUUCAUUACCUGUAAUCUGUAACAAUCAGUGCCAGGUAAUUUCUUGUGUAUACUGUAAUCUUAUCUCCAUGUUCUUAACAAUGCUUACUUGACUUAGUGAAGUUGGUAAUUUUUAAUUUACCAAGCUUUCAAGAAUAUCUACUUUUCAAUUUACCACAGUAUUUAAUAAAUUAAUUUCACAUU